AAAUCAUAUCAAUACUAGCUAACUAGAGAGAGAGAGAGAGAGAGAGAGAGAGAGAGAGGGAGGCCAGGAGGGUGGGAGAGAAAAAUGGCAUUGGCAUUGCCAAGGUUUGCGGUGUUCCAAUCAACUAGUGUCCCCCUCCAAAAAAAAUACUUGCGCUACAUACAUGAGGGUGGGGGGGUACAUGGGCUUCUCCAAUUCAGUGGAGAGGAGAUCGUGAGCCCAUAUUCAAAGUUCGAAAUUGAGAGGGCAAAGACUACUGCUGCGGCAGGGAAUGACAAUGGAUUUGUUCACAUAAGAUGCUGUUACAACAACAAAUACUGGGUAGCAGGGGCUGACUCCCUCAUUGUUGCAGGGGCUGACGAACCUAAUGAAGACCAAUCCCAACGCUCAUGUACGUUGUUCGAGCCUAUUCCGGUAUAUGGGGAAGGACGUAGUACCGGUAGAACUACUAAAACUACCGUACAUGUUCUAUUUCGCCACGUUCAGGGGGGGGACUACUAUUUGAGGCCCAUGAUGACCAGAGACCAAUACCAUGACCGCCAAUUCGAACAACAACAGUCAACAUCAACUGGUUUUGCGGCUUUUCUCUGCCUAUUAGUUCAACCCGUGGACUAUCUAAUAUUAAUGGCGAAAGGAGACCGAUACCAUUCCUGCCUAAUCUCACAAGCUGAUCAUCGGAGGUCACUCACACGCACAACACAAUCAACAUCUGAUGUUUUCGGUAUCAUCGAUUGGGAAUCGCUGCUGAUAUUGCCUAAGCACAUCGCACUCAAGGGGGACAAUGGCCAAUACCUCAGCGCCCGCUGGAUCGAGGGACACCAGUAUCUGAAGUUCGCGUCCGGUGACAAUGGAGAUCCGACGGUUGGGAACGAGGUGUUCAUCACUAAAGACGGAAAUGUCCGCAUCAAGAACAAUCACUUUGGCAAAUUCUGGAGGCGCAGCCCUAACUGGAUCUGGGCUGACUCAAAUGACACCACCACCAACAACUCGGACACGUUGUUCUCCCCCGUAAAAGUUGGCAACAACGUCGUUGCUCUCCGCAAUUUGGGUAACAACAAUUUCUGCAAGAGGCUCACCACCGAGGGCAAGACGAGUUGUCUCAAUGCUGCAGUAACCACGAUUUCCAGGGAGGCACGAUUGGUGGUUGAAGAGCUUGUUAUCUCAAGGAAUAUUGACAAUUUCAAAUUUCGCCUCUUGGAUGCGAGAAUCUACAACCAGAACAUCAUUACAAUGGUAACUAAAACUGCCACUAACAAUACACAAGUAUCCAACACUGCAACACUAAAGCUCUUGCGUAAAGAGACUAGGAGCACUACUUGGAAUGGCAGCGUUUCGUUGAAGUUAGGCGUGAAAACAAUUAUCCGAACGGGCAUUCCACUCAUAGCAAAAGGAAGGGUUGAAGUUUCGGCUGAGUUUACCGGAAAAUACGAGUGGGGCGAAACUGUGUCAACAGAAAACGCAGUGGAGACUGAGUACACGAUCACCGUGCUGCCAAUGAGCAAGGUCACGGUAAGUCUCCUAGCGACACAAGGUUCAUGCGAUGUUCCAUUCUCUUAUACUCAGCACGAUAUGCUUAUGGACGGCAAGCAAGUUAUCUACAACUUGGAUGAUGGCGUUUACACUGGCAUCAACAGCUUCAACUUCUUCUACGAAACAAAACAAGAAAAGCUGGGAUAUGGGGAAUGUGGUACCGUCCAGGGCAGAGGCCUGGUUGAGGAGCCGAUAAAAAAACAAACAGGCCUGGUUGAGGAGCCGAUGGAAGAAGAAACAGACCAGGUUGAGGGAUGGUGUGAACGUUUGUUUGGGUUUUUCUUCAAAGAAAGAAUAAGGGAAAGAAAGCACCACAAGCUACACCACCGCCUUCACUUGCUAGCUGCUGCCACAUCUGAGUCAACAGUUAAACAAUUAAAGAAGAACGAGAACAAGAAUCCUGAUCGGUCCCCAAACGAACCUACCGUGUCUGAGCAGUCCUCUCUCUAGCUAUAACCAGUAUGUUUAGAUUUCGUAACAAAUGCAUAAACUGCAACUGAUAAUUAAACCUACCCCUGGAUGCCUUUAGUUACUUUUGAACUUUGUUUUUGCCGAGACAUUAUGAUGCUUGGUGGUGGUUGUUUUUUCUCCUGACGAAACUGUGGCUUUAAGUUUGAACUGGCUAUAUUGGUAACCUGUCUGUCAUUUCUGGUUUUCUA